CCAGGACCAGUCCCAGAGGGCUUAAUCCGCGUCUACAGUAUGAGAUUCUGCCCCUACUCACACAGAACACGCCUUGUCCUCCAGGCCAAAGGAAUCAGAUACCAAGUUGUCAACAUUAAUUUGAGAUGCAAGCCUGACUGGUUCUAUACAAAGCAGCCCUUUGGCCAAAUACCCGUUCUGGAGAACAGCCAGUGUCAGCUCAUCUAUGAGUCUGUCAUCAUCUGUGAGUACCUGGAUGAGGCUUAUCCCGGAAAGAAGCUGCUUCCAUGUGACCCUUACGAGAGAGCGCGCCAAAAGAUGUUACUGGAUCUAUUCUGUAAGGUCCCGUAUUUGACAAAGGAGUGUCUCCUGGCAAUCAGAAACUGCAGAGACUGCUGUGACCUGAAGGGAGCACUGCGCCAGGAGUUCUGCAACCUGGAAGAGAUUCUUUGCUAUCAGAGGACCUCCUUCUUUGGCGGAAACUGUAUAUCCAUGAUUGAUUACCUCUUUUGGCCCUGGUUUGAGCGGCUGGAUGUAUAUGGGAUAGCUGACUGCAUAGACCACACCCCGACGCUGAAGUUGUGGAUGGCAGGCAUGCAGCAAGACCCUGUAGUCUGUGCUCUGUACACAGACAAGUGCACGUUCAUGGGCUUUUUGAAUCUCUAUUUUCAGAACGACCCUGAUGCUUUUGACUAUGGGCUAGUCUGUUGA